GUUAUGGGCCUCGGACUUGUGGAGAUGAAUCGGGAAGGUGAAGUUUAGAGAGGAUGGAUAUGAAGGUCCAAGUACCCCGUUUUCUACCUUUCAUAUUUCUUCUGUCUUGUUCGCUCUCUGGUUUUCGAUUGUGUCAAUUCUUUUCUUUGUGGCUGGCCAUCUUCUUUCUUCGAGUCUAGAGUCUGCGACUUCUUUUUUUACCUACCUACUCGACUAUUUUCGGCCACUUCUCACCACGUCUAAAAACCAUCACUCAACACUCGAAGCCCCAGUUCCAAGAACCUCAAAAUGCACUUCCCACUCUUCAUCACAGCCCUUCUCUUCCUCGCCCCCCUCACCUUCGCCCUCCCCUCCCCCUCACCAAACGCCAACCUCGAAAUUCGCCAACAACAACAAGCCCCCAUCCAAACCAUAACGUGCGCGGACUACUCCCGCAUCGCAAACUACACCGCCAUCAACAGCAAUUCCUCACUCCGAGCCGCCUUCCUCCAAGCCUCGCCCCAAGGCACCGAUCCCACACGCGUCAUCCUCGAUCGCGCCUCAGUGGAGUUCACCGCGAAGAAUCUGAAGUUCGAUCAGGCGCUCAAUGCGCAGUGUGGGAAUCUGAGUACGGUGGCGUUUAGGGAGGUGAAUUCGAAUUUCUCACAGGGUGUGGUGGCGGGGUGGAAGGUUGUGGCGCCGGUUGGGGCGGUGAUUGGGGCUGGGAGGGAGGUGUGGUGUGUAGUUGUUUUUGUUGUGAUGUAUAUUGGGUUUGGGGCGAGUUUGUAGAGAGAGAGGGUGAAGGCGGGAAGGCUGUUAUGGCGGUGGUGUUUGGUUAGAACUCAUGGUGGUAAUUGGUUUCUGGGUAUGAUUAUGUGAAGGCUGGGACUUCGAUUGGGAGGAGAUGUGUGGAAUAAUAG